GUCUUCUACAGGCUGCACCUCCACCAUCACUCAGCAUGGCGUAAACCACAUCCUCUGACUGCGGCUGCAUCACUAAGUCCUUGUCUGCGCCCUUUUCCUCCAUCUCCGCCCCCGUUCCCAUCAAAGAACAAGUCUGUGUCCAUUCCUCGCAAGCCGAUCCCCUCUCCAGUUCCGGUUUGCCACCAUAUUUAGCCGAGUGCUUCCAUAAUACAGCUCAGAACCACAUGCUCCCUCAGUUAGCCUCGCGCUCAGUUCCCCUUGCGUGCACAGCUUGAGCCGAACCGGGACGACCUCACGUCCAACUGCACCCCCCUCAACCGAGGUCAUCUUCGUUUGCACAAGGCUUCGUAUCUUGCAUGUGUCAAUUCACAUCUUCUCUUUACUGGCUUCAGUUGCCCCCCGGCUAAUCCAACAUGGGCGACAAGUUUGACCUGCGGCUACUGAAGCGAUCUUUGGGCGAGACGAGAAGAAAUCGGUCCAUUAAAACUCUGUAUGGGGAUAAGUCCUGGGUGGAGGAUUUGGAUAUUGUCAAUGAGCUUGGAGCUCACACCGGCUGUGUCAAUGCCCUCUGGUACACUGCUGAACGCCUUUUCAUUUCCUUGCGUACGUAAGGAACAUCUCUGCUAACACCGUCUCUGGCAGUUGGUCGACAGGUGGCAACCUGCUGGCUUCGGGCUCAGACGAUACCUAUCUCAACAUCUGGGACUACAAUCCACCUGGAAGUGCCAAACCCUUCUCGCUGAACACAAGUGUGAGCACCGGGCACCAUGCAAACAUCUUCUCGGUCAAGUUCAUGCCCCACUCGGGCGACCGCACCGUCGUCACUUGCGCCGGAGACUCCGAGGUCCGCGUCUUUGAUCUGGAAUACGGCGGGACUGCGACCCAGAGUGGCUCGAGCGACGCAGGCACAAGAAGCCGGAGGUUCAACAAGUUCUUUCAGAACGCGAAGUGGCUAAACGAAGGGAAUACGAACUGUCGGGUGUAUCGAAGCCAUGCAGACCGCGCAAAGAGAAUUGUGACCGAAUCCAGUCCAUACCUGUUCUUGACAUGCUCCGAGGAUGGCGAGGUGCGUCAAUGGGAUCUCAGGCAGCCGUCGUCAGCAUAUCCUGCUCCUCGGGGUUCUCGUGGCUACGCACGAUUUCACCAGGGAAACGAGAGCGACGGCGGUGACCCACCCCCUCCCCUCAUCUCUUACAAGAAAUACGCCCUCGAUUUGAACAGCAUCUCCUGCGCACCAAGUCAGCCACAGUACAUAGCGCUCGGUGGGGCUCAUCUUCAUUGCUUCCUGCACGACAGGCGCAUGCUUGGUCGGGACCUCGAGUCUGAGAAGGGUCAGCCUGCCACUCGAAGGCCUACCGUGGGGUCGUUCGAGGAUGAGGCCAUGGCCGAAGCAACCAGAUGUGUAAGGCGGUUUGGCCCCCAUAACAAGCGCAAGAUGGGACCCCGAGAUCAUGGUCACAUCACGGCCUGCAAAAUCAGUGACGCCAAUCCCAAUGAUCUCGUGGCCUCUUGGUCUGGAGAUCAUAUCUACAGCUUUGAUAUCGUCAAGUCACCUGACGCGAGGGAAGCUGAUGCUCGAGCCAACGAGGAGUUUCAGGCCCAUCGGCUCAGAAACCUGUCUGACCGCAAGAGGAAGAGGGGGAAAGCAAAUGCUUCUUCCAGCAGUCUUGGGGAUGCAGCCAAUCCCAGCAGACGUCUACGGAGGGUUCCGGACGAUCGCGCAGAGGAGGGACAUACUGCUCUUCUGGCCAGGUUCGCUGACGGAGAGUCUGAGCUUAUCCCUAUUCCUUCCACUGUAUCCCAACCUACCGCUGAGUCACCUUCAGCUCAUGAGCUCCUGCUGUCAGAAGCUCAGAGGUCGAGUGAACGGGUGGCAAGAUCAAUCAUCCAACUCCGGAAGACCUUGUUUGACUUCUCUGCCUCGUUAGGCGCUGAUGUUUCCGCUUCUAUGGAAGGGUCCCCGGACCUUACACCCCAUACGGCGGCAUUUACUAGUGCCCUUGGCCAAUGUGCCUCGCUACUUCCUCAAAUGGACGAGGUCAUCCGUACGUGGUCAUAUCCAAUCAACCCAACUGAGGAGGACGUGACUGUGCAGAACACCCUGAGGAGAAAUCGACAGUCGAGCUGGCGAUUCGUCCAAGCGGCUGGCUGCUUGGCCCGCACUCUCGGUGGCCGUCUGCAAAGUCUCAGUUCUGCCCCUGACGUCCGGCUCGCCCAGUUUGACCAGAUCAGACCUGCUGCUCACGAAGGUAAGAACAUCGGCCGAGAGUCGAGAUUUUGCUAUGACUUCCUCAAAGCAAUUCUUCUCUGGUUGGAUGGUGGGCAAACUGCAGUGUUGCAAGGAUUCAAGCGACCACUCAAUGUGAGUGCCGAGAGUCCCCGAUUUCCGCUGGACCAGGGGGAUACCGCACAAAACUUUGUGCCCAAAUUGGAAGCCUACCUCUUGGACCUGGCAGAUGAGGACACCCCGAUCGUGGACCUUGACACAAAUCGUUUCGAGCGAGACGAGACUCGUCAUGUGUUUCAAGAUCAGAAGUCGGCCGUGCUGGCCUUCACAAGAGCUCUCGGCAAUAUCGAGUUGGUGGCGAGCCAAGGUAUGUCUGAGAUUCGGGCCGACCCUUCGAGCCCCCAUACAACAAUACGUAUGAUGGACAAGGGCGCGGCGGCAAGGUUCUGGGGGGCCAAGGUAGGCCGCUCCCUGCUCAUGCGUGCCGCGGAGGGUGUUACCUUCGAUUUUGUAAAUCGAGCUUUUGGCGGACUGAGACUUCACUUGGCUAGCUUAGUUAUGGAAGGAGAACGGUCGCAGGAAGACAUUGAUCCGGACGAAGAGGAACGAAUCGUCGAAGCCAUUGACAUUGUGAGAACCCAGCCUGAAGAGUCAUCCGCGGGGUCGCCCCAAACUGCUCGUGGGACCACCGAAGGAUCCAGCCAGGCAGAUGUUGAAAUGAGCACUCCUCUUACUGUCCAUGUCGAGGAUGCGGACGAAGACGAACAUGGUCAAGAUCCAGGCGAAGAUGAACACGAAGACGACAACGAGAACGAAGAUUCCGAUUCGGAGGCCACAGAGUCCGACGAAGACGACGACGACGACGAUGGAGAGGCUCCGCAACGGAUGUUCUUCCGACGACGGUUGGGGUUUGCCCGGUACCGUGAACGAGCUUCGGUGAAUCUGCAGGUGCCCUACUCGUCACAUACCAAGAUUUACAGGGGCCAUUGCAAUACACGUACUGUCAAGGACGUGAAUUACUAUGGUCUGAAUGAUGAGUACAUUGUCAGCGGCUCUGACGACGGACAUUUCUUCAUUUGGGAUAGGAAGACCUGCAAGAUCCUCAAUAUCUUGGAGGGAGACGGCGAGGUCGUCAAUGUGGUCCAGGGCCAUCCGUACGAGCCUCUGAUUGCCUGCAGUGGCAUCGACAGCACGGUCAAAAUCUUCGGCCCCGGAGGGGAGAAUCGAGAACGCGAGGCGGCAGAGAAAGGGAUUGAUAUUGCUAACCCUGGCGGAAGUGUGCAUUCCUCGCUCCGAUUUGGGGGCCGACGAAGCCGACGCACUCGAAGUGGAGACGACGACGAUAGCGAUGAGGGUGGAGAUGGCACGGGGGCCAUGGCUUCCAGUGAUGGACUCAGAAGUCGUCGGGCGAUGCACCGCAGCUACGAGAUCACCAGUCAGAACGAUGCGGAACGGAGACGCGGCGCAGGAGACGCCUUUGUCACGGUAGGUUCUAUGGAAGAGCUGUUGGUCAGGGCAUGGAUCAUGUCGAGUCUCCACAUGAUUUGACUCGGGCACAUACACGGAUUCCCCAAGCUAGGCUGCAAUGACAUCUAACUUCUGUUGUCAAUGCAGGAGGGGAUGCUCGCAAGAUUCGCACUGGCGAUUCAAAGAGGUCAGAUGCCCGGAACGGGAGAUGGUCCUGGAGGAAUCGGCGGCACUAUAGUAGUCGACGACAAUUGUUUGGUCAUGUGAGAUCAUCCUCCCAUCGCCUGGUCACCAUGCGAGACGGCACUGAUUGCUGCUCACUGGCUGGACACCAACAUGUCCUCUGUGGAGACAGGGAACAGCAGAGGUCUUGGUUGGCCAGAUUAGGAAUAUAUGUUGCAAUUCUUGGGCUAGGCGGGGGGCGAACGGGCUCGACUCGUGCACCACAAUGAACCCACCUUGGCUUGGAUGUGAACGCGAAGUAUCUCGCCCGGGCUGGUCUCAGGACUCCAACUGAUGCUGUUUUACUAUCUCCAUUUCUGGAGACUUGUCGGCCGAGACGAACCUAGUCCCCAGUUGAAAUGGACUUGACGGCAGACUGCCUGGGUCAGGGUGUGCUGCGCCUGGACGGUGGCUUGUAUUAAUGGGCUAUGACUUCAAGACUUGUCCGGGUUCCAGUGAGACCCUGGUUGCGAGAUCGCUGACUACGAGGGUGGUUAUGAAAUAGGGCCAAUCGACUCCUCCAUUCGCGGUCGCGGCGUCUGGGUUGCCCACGAGUCUGUAUGGCAGUGCCCGGUCGUAUUUCGUUUCCGCCAUUAUACCGAGUAUUCCCAAAACAGAUCUCAGUGGGGGCCAUUACUGAUUGACGUGAGCUAUGGAUUUGGAAUCGGUGUCUCGCUUCUAUCACCAUUGUCUGGGUGUUUUAAAAGCAGCAAGCCUCGCACACACCACCAAUCCAGACCAGGGCCAGGAUCGGCUCUGAGGUCCUGCAAGCUUAUUCCCCCUUGGUAUGUCCAAGUAUGUAUGUAUCGUACAUGUAUGCAUGCGAUGUCACGACAAGAAGGUCAAAGCCCCAAGCUAAUAAAUAGCCCCCAUCCCCCAUCAUGGGCCAUGACAUGCAUGGACCAGGGGAGAUGGAGAUUUUCUUCAGCCUUGCAUUGUAUGUAUCGGUGGUGGUGGUGGCGGUGGAGACGCCUUGGGUUCGCAGAGGAAACAUAGGUAAAUCGAUGGGUAGGAGACUCUUAGAGUCAGAGAAUAGGCUCAAAGAGGUGCUUUGCUUGAGGAGUUGGGAAGGGAAUUUACUGGAUUGGAUUGGCCAGAAUAGAUCCCGUCAAUAUAGACACUCCCUAGAUGUCUCUGGUUCGUCAAUCGUGUUGGCGAUUGCCAGAGGGCAAAACAAGCGGCUUGGUAGACAUUGAGAUGCGUCUCCUCAGCUUCUCGCCAUGCUC